AUGAGAGGCCUCGAGAAGCUGGUAACUGGCAGGCUGGAGGGUGUCGAGCACGGUAGCGGAGUUGGGAUGGAUGCGUUAACGCAGUACAGGAACUCUGUGAAGGAGCGACUCGACAGCGCAGAUGUGCUGGUAGCCAAGCUGGUGCAUGAGAACACGGUGCUGUCGCAGACGGUGGAAACCAGAACGCAGGAGGUUGAGAACGUGCGACAUCAGUUAAAGACGCUGCAGAAUAGGGUGGCGGAGCUGGAGGGCCGGGAGGCGCGGCAGGAGGAAGAGAUAGAGAUUGUGAAGGAUCUAUUCGAACACCUGUGUGGGGUGCGAGUGCAUAAGUCGUACGAGGACGACACAGGACUGUGGUUUGACGCCUCACAGGGGUCACGGAACGGGAUCAUGGACUACAAGUUGGGCUUUGUCAAGAACGAGUCGUCUGCCGGGACGGAGGUGGUGUACGUUCCGCUGCUGAAGCAGCGGAGCUCGGAUGAGCUUCGAGCGCUGCAGAAGCAGCUGCCGGGAUACAUGUUCGACACGCUCAGCUUUCCGCUCAAAUCGCUAUAUCAGUUUUAUUCCAAAAUGGCUAGAAGUCUAAGUAAGAAAAUAGAAUGA